AGUGGGAGAGCAGCAAUGGCGGACUUCACGCUUGGCUUAGCCAAGACGGCGGUGGAGGGGACCCUGAGCAGGGUCCGGUUCGCGAUCGAUGAAGAGAACAACCUGAAGGCAGCAGCGCAGCUAGACCUGGCAUUCAUCACUGGGGAAUUUGGAAUGAUGCAAUCCUUUCUGGAAGUCGCCAGUAAGGAGCGUGCCAGGGAUGAAGUGGUGAAGACCUGGGUGCGGCAGCUCCGAGACCUGGCCUUCGAUGUCGAAGACUGCGUCGAGUUCGUUAUCCACCUGGAUAACGACUCGAACUGGAACUGGGUGUGGCGCCUGGUGCCAUCCUGCAUGGCACCACCUCGGACUCGAGACCUCAACAGGGCGGUUGCUGAUUUGAAGAAGCUCAAGACGAGGGUCGAGGAGGUGAGCCAGAGGAACACUCGCUACAACCUUAUAAGCGACUCUGGCUCCAAUCCUGUCUCAUCGGCUGAGGAGCUCCCCACCACCAGCUCAUCAAUGAUCCACAUCCUGAUGGAGCUAUAUGGGAGGCCAAUGGGAAGCACCGUGGUUUUUGCAACGUCCAAAAGUUGAUAACCAAUGAGGGCAAUGACCUUCAAGUAAUCUCAUUGUGGGCAAGUUCAGGAUCUGAUAUUGAGGGGGCUCAAAUCAUUAAUAAGGCGUAUUGCGACGCAAAAAUCAGCAAGAUUUUUGAAGUAUUUGCCUGGGUAAAGCUGACACAUCCAUUCAACCUUGAUGAGUUUCUCAAGAACUUGCAGACUCAGUUACAAAACAGCACUCUAUUUUGCCAAGGUGGCGACUUCAAGGGCAAGACUUCUGAAGAUGAUCCCAUGAAGCAAUUGACUGCGCAGAAAUAUCUGGUCAUCCUAGAAGGAAUAUGCAAUGCUGUGGAGUGGGAUAGCAUCAUAACACACCUGCCAGAUAAUAACAAUGGCAGCCGGAUUGUCGUGUCCACCAAGCAGAUUGGGGAUGCAAUUCUUUUCGCAGCGGACCAAUACCAGGUAUCAAUGCUCAGAGAGAUGACAGGUGGUCACUAUCUUUGUGCAUUUCAUAAUGAGGGUUCAGGGCGUCGAAAUGUCAUGUGUAACAUUAUUUGGCUAUUAAAACGUCCUGGUGUGAUCUCUGUUUGGGGGACUGGUAAUGAUAAAUCAACUCUUGUCAAAGAACUGUUCAACCUUAUAACAAAUGGGAAUGAAGAAAAAAUAAUGUCUCAAAAGCCAGAAGAUAUAAGGUACGGAUGGGUUGAUGUGGCCCAACCAUUCAGUUUGAAGAAGUUCUGCCAGGGCUUGUUGCAGUCGUUCGUUGAAAAUGUUCCUAAAUUCGACGAGGAUACAUUUGACUUCGACGAGGAUAAUAUUGACCCCCACGAGGAAGAUUUCGAUUAUGAUACUGAGUCCGUCCAGGGUAUUCGGUAAGCAAUUGAAGGCUACGAGUAUGGUGAAGAUUCUGUGGAUAUGGUGGGAUUGUUACGUAGGGAGCUUUGUAAGCGUGACUGCCUGGUAGUUAUUAACGGCAUGCAGUCCACAGAAGACUGGCAGUUAAUAAAAAGCACAUUGACACCAGAAGGUAAUAAAAGUCAUAUAAUUGUCAUAACAGAUGCCGAGACUGUGGCCACAAGCUGUGUAGAUCAUGAAUAUCAUGCACUGAAUGUCGACGACGUGGCCCUUCAUCCUUCCAUGCAGAUCCAUAGCUAUAUGGAGGAACUCUUUUGGCAACUACGACAUCGUCAAGUCAUCUCCUUGUAUGGGGCUGAUGGUGACACAUCAACUAUCUUAAAACAAGUGUGCGAGGAUACGGAUGUUUUUGAGUAUGUAUGGGUGGACAUAACCUAUCCACUCAAAAAGGAGGAAUUCCGUAUGCGCUUGUUCAAAGAAAUAUUUCCGGAUGAGGAAGACGAGGGGGAGCUCGCUGAAAGCUAUCCUUGGGAUCUUGUUGGAAACGGGAUUUUCAUUAUAAACGGUCUGCAAUCCACGAAACAGUGGAACUUGAUAGAACCAUACCUCCUGAAGCCCAAUUCUGAGAAUCGUAUAAUCCUGAUUGCAAAUGAAGAAAGCGUGGCCAAACAUUUAGCAGAACGUCUGAAAUUCGACACCACCAUUCGUCCGCUGACAAAGGCUUCUGACUACUAUGAAUAUGGAGAUAAUAAUGCGGCUCCUCGAAGUAUAUUUCUGUCCAACAGAACAGAAGAGAUAGAUUAUAUACCUUCUCAACAAGAGAUAGUUCGGAAGAUGGCCGCCAUUUCAGAAACUACUGGGGUCACCUCGGUAUGGGGCAUUGCUGGUGUUGGGAAAUCAGCACUCGUGAGACGCUGUUACAAUAAUGCAGCACGGACGAGCCGAACUAGUAUUUUUUUCUUUAAAAGGGUUGCAUGGGUCGAUUUGCCACCUGGUCCGUUUGAUUUGUUGGAAUUUUCUCGGCUCUUACUUCUGGAUUUCCAUCGCCGUAAACUUGAAGACAUGGAAGCUGCAGCAAUUGGUAUUAUGGAGGGUGAGGAUCCAAUUCAAGGGUGUCGUGAAAUUCUGCGUCAAGCCAAGUGCCUCAUCGUUAUUGAUGGUCUGCAGUCCAUAUGUGACUGGGACUUAAUCGAAACUACCUUUUUAUCCCAGCCUACUAGAAAGGUCACAAUAAUUGUCAUCACAACUGAAGAAAGCAUCGCCAAACAUAGUGCCAAGAAGCACCCAGAUCAACUGAUCAAUGUCAAGUGUCUAGAAGACGGCGAGGCCUAUGAUCUCUUUAAACAGAUUAUUGAUCCUGGGGAGCUGGCUAGCAUAAAGGGAAAGGUGGACCUUGCAAAACUUGUGGCGAAAUGUGGCGGGCUUCCCAAAGUAGUGUCUGCUAUAGGCAAUGUCUCGGGCACAUUCUUGGAGGAUAUGAAUACUGACUUUAUGCUCAAAUUGGAGGAGGACCCUCAGUUCCAUAGUUUGAGUGGUCUAUUAUCUUGGAUGCAUUCCUAUUUUGAUGCUUGUUCAGAUUUGGUAAAGACAUGUAUCUUCUACCUAUCUGUCUUCCCUGCAAGAAGCCAAAUUAGGCGACGUCGUCUCCUGAGGAGAUGGAUCGCAGAUGGCUACUCCAAGGACACACCUGGUUGUACCGCAAUGGAGAACGCGCAAGGUCUCUUCUCUCAACUCACUAAACUGAGCAUAAUCCAGCAAGCAACAAGCAAAGACAUUUGUCAGGUCAACUGUUUCUUUCGUGAAUACAUCGUCUCACGUCCAAUGGAGGAUAAUCUUGUUUUUGCAUUGGAGGGACGUUGCAGUCCAAACACACCACGCACAGGACAACACCUGACAAUAAUGAGUACCUGGCACAGGGACGAAAAUGUUUUUGAGAGCAUCGAUCUCACACGGUUGCGGUCUUUGACAAUAUUUGGGGAAUGGUUUUCAUUCUUUAUCUCUGAAAAGAUGAAGCGUCUUCGAGUGCUUGACUUAGAAAACAUGACAGCUGUAACAAAUGCUGAUAUUGAGCAGAUCUUUGUGAAGCUAUUGAGCCUCAAGUUCAUCUCCCUACGAGGAUGCAACAAGAUUAGUCGUCUUCCGGAUACAUUGGGAGGGCUGAGGCAGCUACAGACUCUUGAUAUAAGAUUCACUUCCAUAGUCGUGUUGCCAUCUGCAAUCCUCAAGCUACAUAGGCUGCAAUACAUUCGUGUUGGUACCAUUGUAUUGCCAGAUGACGACUGGACAUCUGCAUCAACAUCAACAGAAGCAGAAAGCAACGACAACAACAUACCUGCAGGCCAGCCAAUAGCACCAACAUCAACAGAAGAAGAAACACAGGCAACAACAUCACCAGAAGCCCCGCACAGGCUAAUGCUACCAAAGGUGGGAUGGGCAUCCAAACUGUCGCGUACCUGGAGGAGCAUGUGUGGGUGGGAAAGAGAGAUAUAUGGUGUUGAGGUUCCUGUAGGAAUGGAGAAACUUGCGGCCUUGCAUACUGUUGGUGUGGUGAAUGUGAAAGCAGCAGGUGGGAAGGCCUUUUUGAAGAACCUCAAAAAACAAACCCAAUUGCUCAAGCUCAGAGUGUGCGGCGUCAACAGGAAAAACUGGGAGCUGCUGUGUUCUGCCCUCACAGAUCACGGCAAUCUAGAAUCCUUGUCAGUGCGAUUUGAUGAGGAUUGCAUCGACGAUAGCUUCAAGCCACCCAAGACCCUCAAGAGCCUUAAGCUGUACGGGCCUAUAACAAGAUUGCCAGAAGUCACUAUGAAGGUUCUUAUCAAUCUCACAAAGUUGGAUCUUGAGAUGACUAUUAAAAGGCGAGCCGACAUGCACUUAUUCUUGAAAGAAAAAUUGCCGCGUCAUGGUAUCAUAAAUCGUCUCUGCAUCAAUGUGAAAGGAAACCAAGAGGUAGAUUUUAGCUCGAGUGAAUUCCAGUACGGUGAUACUUUUCGACCUCGGCUCAUCAAGAUGGAUUGCAACUCCAAUUUAAAGGUCACUUUCGGAGGCAUGUUCACAAGGGCUGAGCUGCUAAUAAUCCAGUGCUCUGAAGGAUCAUUUUUCGAGGUUCUUGGGAGCAAUGGGCUAAAUCCUAUGGAGUGUCUUAAGACACUCUGGCUUAAGGGUUUCUACAGCGAGGACCAACGGCAGGACCUGGAGAAACUUGUUGGCAGUCAUUGUUCGGGCACAGUUGUCUUGAAGGUGGACCCACUGUAAUGCAUGCUUUCUUUCUUGCCUUCCUUCCGUACGUCGUUUUUGUUAUCUUUUCUUGUACACUUUGACAUGUAUCAUUUCCAUUUUCUGUACUAGUU